AUGGCAGCUUCUCGUGUGCCCUACAUGCGGAUGAUCAUUAGUGGCCGGUUUUCCCAGAAGGUCAAGGCUCUACACGAAAGAUAUGGCACUGUCGUUCGCAUUGCUCCGAAUGAACUCUCGUUUACCGACGGUGACGCCUGGAAAGUCAUCUAUGGCACUCGUACCGGCCACGGACAAAAGCAAAAGGAUCUUCGAUUCUACCCUCCCACCCCAGGCGGCGCUCCGAGUAUCAUAUACUCCGAUGAUGCGGACCAUUCUCGUUUCCGCCGUCUUUUGUCGCAUGCAUUCUCGGAUAGUUCGUUACGUGGGCAAGAGCCAAUUAUCAAGAGCUACGUCGAUCUCCUCAUGCAACGCUUAAAUGAAAAUAUCGCCGCUGGAAAGAACGUGCUCGAUUUGGUCUCGUGGUACAAUUUCACUACAUUCGACAUCAUUGGAGACCUUGCCUUCGGGGAACCCUUUGACUGCUUGAAAAACUCCAAUUACCAUCAAUGGGUGCAUAUGCUCUUCAGUCAUAUGAAGAUGAGCGCUUACGCAAAUGUAGCCCGGCGCCUACCUGGUUCUGGUCAAUUAUUAAAACUGAUCACCCCGAAACGGGUCACUGCCCAGAGAGAUUGGCAUUUUGAGAUGACGAAGGAAAAAGUUCAGGCUCGAUUGGACAAGUCCAAUGAGAGACCGGAUUUCUUUGGGAAUAUCUUGAAACAUAAUCAUACCGAGAAAGGGUUUACUCUACCUGAGAUGAUUUCGAAUGGGAGUACGCUUAUUAUUGCGGGCUCAGAAACUACUGCUACGCUGCUUUCUGGUGCAACGUAUCUGCUGUUGAAGAAUCCUCGUGUGCUUGCGAAGCUUAAGGAAGAGGUUCGGUCAACAUUCACUCGCGAGGAAGAGAUUAAUCUGGACUCGUGCAACAAGUUGGAGUAUAGUCUUGCUACUCUUACUGAAGCGCUGCGAAUGUACCCUCCCGUUUCGCCUGGACUACCUCGAAUUGUGGAUCCUCAGGGUGAUUUGAUUGCCGGGAACUGGAUUCCAGGAGGAACCAUCGUCUCCGUCAGUCACUUGGCCGCUAGCCAUUCACCCUCAAACUUCACCGAUGCAGACCAAUUCAUCCCGGAGCGUCAUCUUAAUGACCCUCGCUAUAAGAAUGAUGUCAGGCAUGCAAUGCAGCCAUUCAGCUUCGGGCCGAGAAACUGCAUUGGACGAAAUUUGGCCUACGUCGAGAUGAGGAUUAUUUUGGCUCGCAUGAUUUUCAAUUUUGAUAUGGAAUUGGUUGAGCCUGAAAAGGACUGGUUGGAUCAAGAUUCUUUUGUGCUGUGGGAUAAACCUGCUUUGAAUGUCAGGUUGACCCCUCGAAGCAAAGAGGAAUGA